CCAGGCCUGGAGGCAGCGUGGCCACAGCAGAUGGAGCAGGCCGGAGGCACCAGGGCUGCCCCCCUAGUGCAGCCUGGGGGCCCAGAGUCCGCCCCAUUUCGGGCGGUCGCCCCUGAUGGGGCAGCAAUUGUGACGGCCUUUUCCAGGACCAUGCGCCUGUACAGCAGCCCUGUGCCUGGGGGCAGCGCUGCCUCCAGGCCCCUGCUGGUGCUGCUGCCCUGGUUUGGUGCCCUGCCCCGCUCCAUUGCGAGGUACCUGGAGUUCUAUCUGCUACGCGGCCUGGACGUGCUGGUGGUGGAGAGUGACCUGAGCCACUUCCUCUGGCCCCGGCAUGGGCUGGCCUACGCGGCCUGCGUGCUGGGCCUGCUCCAGGGCAGCCAGCCCUUCUGCUCCCGCCCACUGCUUGUCCACGCCUUCUCCAUCGGCGGCUACACCUUCGCCCAGAUGAUGGUGCACAUGAGCCAGGAGCCGCAGCGGCACCGGCAGCUGGCAGAGAGGAUCCGGGGUCUGAUCUAUGACAGCCUGGUGACGGGCAGCCUGGGGGACAUGGCGCUGGGCGUGGCUCAGAUGAGCGGCUCCGCGGCCCUCCGGCCCCUCAUCAGGGGAGGCACCAGGCUCUACUUCAGCCUCUUGCGCUGCUGCACCGCGCAGUACUACAAAGCGGCACAGGACGUGUUCUUCCGGCCGCCGCUUCGCUGCCCCGUCCUGGUCUUCUACUGCUGCAACGACCCCCUGAGCGACCCCGCCCGGGUGCAGGAGCUGCUGGAGAGCUGGAGGGGGGCGGGGAUCCUGGUGCAGGCCCAGGGCUGGCAGGACUCUCGCCAUGCAGCCCAUCUGCGCCAGCACCCCCAGGAGUACCAGCAGGUGCUGCAGGGAUUCCUGGAGCAGUUGGACAUGGCCCUGCUCCGAGCCAGGCUCUAGCACCUGGGGCGGGGUUGGCCCAGGAGCCCCUCUCACCCGGCCAGGGUGACACGCAGCUGCUGCUGCAGCCAGAGCCCUGCUCUUCCCUGGCAGGCAGGGUGCCCCUGCCAUCACACAACAUCCAGCUGUGCCAGUCACCUUCCUCAGCUGGCCCUGCCAGGCAGGACAGGCUGCAGGCCAUGGGCACAUUGCCCGACUGGGUCCGCUGCUGCACCAUGGACACCCCGGCCAGGGGAGGGGGAAAGCCACUGAGUUCUCUGCCCCAGGGAGGCAUGAUGGGCAUUGCCUUCUCUAGCCCCACCGGGCUGAGUGGUGUGGGUGGCGGGAGGCAGAUUUCUCCCAGGGGGAUUGAUGGCGGGGAGGGCAGCUGGUGCAGCCCUCCCCUCCCCCAGUUUCACCUCUGUCCUGGGACAGGCUGCUGGUGGCUGCGAUCAGCGGCUCCACCUCCCACCAGGACCCAGCUGCCUUUGUGCACCUGCCCCCUCCUGGCACAGAGCAAAGGCCCCUUGCAGGGCCUGGGGGAAUGGCCAGGCUGAGCAGGGAUGGAGGGAGCAGGCUGGAUGGGGGCUCUGGGGAGCAUUUCAUGCUAGUGUCAACAGGUUUUUUUAAGCCCAUUUGUAAAUUGGUUUGAAAUCCCCCUGGACACAGGAUCCUGCCCUGCCAUGAUUCCACAGUGCAGCUGCCACUGGUCCUCCAGUCCCGUGCCCUAGCUGUGCUCAGGCCCGUGGGCCAGGGAGGAGGG